CUGAUCUGCGUCACCUUCGCCGACGGCGAGGACGGCGCCGCCGCCUCUGCGACCGUGCGCUCCGUCGCCACCCGCGCGCACCCGUCGCUGCCCGACGCGCUCUCCGCCCCCUCGCCGGCGGGCAGGCUGCUUCUCGGAGCCUCGAGGCGCCUGGCCGCGCACCGCUGCGUGCGAGCCGCGCCGCUGCACGCGUGCGAGCGGUACGUCGGCCACGUCGACCACGUCGCCGGCCUCGCUUUCUCCCCCGACGGCCGCACUCUCCUCUCCGUGGGCGGCGGCGACGCGGCGCUGCUGUGGGACGUGGCGUGGCGCGAAGAGGCGGCCGUUUCGGACGCGAUCGCGCAGGAGGGCGUGGACGAGUCGCUCCGGCAGGCGGCGGCGUCGCGGAGGCGCGUGCUCGCGGCGAUCGAGGCGGAGGCGGCCGAGGCGAGGAGCGUGGGUGCUGCGCCCCCCUCACCCGGUGCCGCUGAGACGUUGGGCUCGAGCGCCGACGAGGACGCCGCGGGCGACGCGGCGAGGGAACUAGAGGCCGCGGUGGUGGAAGCGGCGGUGGCACGGCUCGCAGAGAGAAUGGCGCGGCUCGAGGCGAGAGGGCGCGGCGACGGCCAGCCAAACGCGUAUUGA